CCGGCCGGGGGGAGGCGCUGCGGCCGCCGCCACCGCCCCGUGUCCAUGGUGAGGGGCCAUGGCGGAGCCGCUGUGGAGCGCUGAGGCGGGCGGCGCCGUGUACCGCUCCCGCGACCCCGUGCGCAACCUGCGCCUCCGGGUCCGCAUCCAGCGGGUCACGGCCACUGGGCCCCUCCCGGCGCAGGCCUCGCCGCCGCCGCUCUCCACACCGUGCGGCCCCGAGCUGCUGGCGCUGGCCGCCCGCGCCUCGCCCGGUGCCCGGCGGCGCCCGGACGAGGAAGAAGAGGCCGAGGUGGGGUGGCAGGAGAAGCUCUUCAGCCAGUUUGAGGUCGAUCUUUAUCAAAAUGAGUCAGCCUGUCAAACUCACCUGGACCGACAAUACCACGAGGAGAUUCUGAAACUGGAGAAGGUUGGGGGUCGGAAGAACUACCGCAUCUUCACCUACACUGAUCAUGACCGAUUCACCAACCUAGAGGAGCACUGCCAGAAGGUAACUGACUCAGAUCAUGAGGUGCCAUCGUAUCUGGCAGAGAGGAUGGCCAAUGUGAGAAGAAGAAGACAAGACCGUAAGCCAAUAGAAGCGAAUUCCCUGAAGUCAAAAAUCAUCACCUGGGAGCCCUCAGAAGAAUUUAUAAAGAACAAUCAUGUGAUUAACACACCUGUUCAGACCAUGUACAUCAUGGGGGACUUGGGACCUUAUGGGAAGCUUGGUCAAAGGAAAUACGAACAUGUUCUUUGUACAAUCAAGGUGGACGGCAAUGGGGUGAUCACAGUGAAGCCUGACUUUACUGGCACCAAAGAAGCCUACUGGAUUGAGCUGGAUAGACAGAAGCGAGAGCUGUGGAAAUACACCAUUGAGAAUGCAUCUGUCCAAGUGCAGCAAGAGGAGGAGGAACGUGAGCAGCGUGUGUUCAGAGAUCUGUACAGUCGACACAAGGAGUACCUCAGUGGUCUUGUUGGCUCAGAAUUUGAGAUGACUCUUCCUGGUACAUUGCGUCUUUUCGUGAAUGGAGAAGUAGUUUCAGCUCAAGGCUAUGAGUAUGACAACCUCUAUGUUCAUUUCUUCCUGGAGCUGCCUGACCACUGGUCAAGCCCCGCAUUCCAGCAGCUAUCAGGAGUGACACAGACCUGCGCCACCAAGGCAGUGGGCUGGGAUAAUGUGGCGUACUUCUGCUACCCCUUCACUUUGGAGAUGUUUUUCUCCCAAGAAAAUGAAUCAGAAGACUGUCUCCCUCAAUGGCCUGUUAUCUACUUUGAGGUUCUGUCCCUUGAUUUCUGGCAAAGAUACCGUGUUGAAGGGUAUGGUUCCUUGGUGCUGCCAGCAUCUCCAGGUCUCCACAUACUCACCAUCCCUACCUGGCGCCCUGUGGAGCUGGGGACUGUUGCUGAACUGAGGAGGUUUUUCAUUGGUGGAUCUUCUGAAUUAGAGGACAUGACCUAUGUUAGGAUACCAGCAACCUUCAAGGUCCUCUCACUGGGCACCAGAGAGAAGAGAUCAGUGCCUGCUCCUCCGCUCCCCCUGGGAGAACGUCUGAGCCGCUUUGGUUUUCGCACAGAGACAACAGGGAAUGUCACAUUCCGGCUUUACUGCCUGCAGCAAUCUAAAGCCUUUCUGGAAACCAGUGCCUCGAGGCAUCGCGUGCAGAGUAUACUGGACCGGCUUGGAGGCUUCAGCCAGCAGAGCUCUGUCUACAAUGUUUUGGAGGCUUUCCAGAGGGCACGGCGCCGGAUGCAAGAAGCACGUGAGAGCCUUCCCCAAGACCUCAUCAGCACCUCUGUCUCCACUGUACACCAGACACAAGAACCGUGAUUGACCACCUCCACUGCCUCUAGCCUAUGAGCACUUUGGAUCCUCUCACUGAUACCAGCUUCCCUUGUUCAGGAGGAGUCCCAAGGCCAGUGCCUGCAAGCUUUUUGAAUGCCUUCUUUUGCAGCUUCCUCUGGAUGGGGGCAGGAGUCUGCCUCACAUCUAGAUCCAGAGUCUUUGUUUUCAUAGGUAUCUGUGGAAGGAACCCUGUUUUUUCAAGGCAUUUUGUUACCAGGCCCUAACGGUAUAGCCAAUUGUUCACAUUUCUGAUGAGCAGGCUAAACUGGGACAUGAGACCCAUGAAACCUUUAACACCUUUUCAAGUAUUGAAUAGUAAGUGAUUAGAAAACAUUUCAAAUCUACUUGCCUUGGUAAAUUUACUUUUCUUCUUAAAGAAGAGGUUACUGUUGAAGGUCAAGGCAUGAAUAUUGUUUGGUAUUUAAUUAAAUGAACAGUUGACUUCUUGAGAAAUGCUGAUAAUUGUCGUCAGCACUUGUAGCUAUAGGUCAAUCUUCAGUAAAAUGGAUCUGUCUAACUGAAUUUUUAAGAUUUAUUUAUUCUUAGAGAGAGAGGUGUCUGCCACCUGUAAUGUAUGAAAUCAAAGCAAAGUGAUGUAUGACAGAUUCAGAACUGGAGGAAAGGGUUACAUUCUGUAUUUCUUUGUGUCUGAAAUUUCUGGCUCUUGCGUCUCUGUAUCAAUUAGCAGAAGGACUUUGAGAGUACAACAGACAACACACAUUCCCUCUAGUUCAUAGCAGUACUUUGGCUGGAGCUGGACAGUUUGCAGACAAUGAGAGCAGAUUGUAAUGUUUGCACAAGAGCUGAACUUUGAACUGUUCAAGCUAUUCUUUUUAGCCGUGGUUCAUUGUAUCAUCUCUACUUGCAAUUCAUUGCUUUGCUUGUUUUUACCCAGGUUCUUCUCCUGUUCUUUUCUCAGCCUAUUUUAUUCUCCUAUUUUUGUUCCUCUCUCAAAUCCAUGGGAGCAAAGCUACCUGCAGACUGACAGUGCUGUAUAGAUUUGUACACGAGUCACAUCUUCACAUGUUCUUCUACUCUGCUCUCAACAGAAGGGAUAGGAAGAAAAAUCUCAGGCUGAGAUCAUGGAUGUAUCUGUAAAGCUAGAAUUCACAGGCAGAGUAAGAAAUAGGAACUGGCUUUCCUCUGCAUGUUCCUCACUAGCAGGGGAUGUGAGACUCAUGGUUGCAGCCAUGUGUGUGACUAUUAGAACAUCCCACUCCUUCCCCAUUCUACAUUGGUAUCCUCACCUCAUGCUUUCUAUUUUGAUCUUGUAUCAGCCUUCUCUAGGAAAACCAAACUCCCCGGUUUGUUCGUCUUUGGUCUUUGUCAUAAUUCCUGGCAGAAUCGUCUGGCAACUUGAAAUGUACCUGGUAAUUUCACUUACAAAAGAGGACUUUUGCUCAUCUACAUUGCCUGCUACCCCUGCUUUUUUAUGGAAGAAACUGCCAGAACGUAUUACAUAGCUUGGCCUGUUAAGCAGAGCAGUGUUCUUGGCCUAGAGCUGGCUGAUGCAUUUUGUGCAUGAGUCAGAUCUCCAUUUACGCUUUUUGGUGUGAUGUGGCAGAUCAGGCAUUAUAGUUGUGAAGGCAAACACCCAGUUCUGUAAUAGCAGAAUCAAGGCUUGUCUGGAUGUAUGCGCUAUCACAGUCUUCAAUGAUAUGGUCACAUUUCACAGAGAUUGAUUCACUCAGUGCCCAGGAUGAAAAGUGUUCAAGGCAUUUGUAGCUGCUUACCUUCUUUUUCUUUCUCUCUUUUUUUUUUUUUUUUAAAUCACAGUUCACUUCAUGACUCCGUAUGUUUAUUGCAUGUUUAUAAGCAAUACUUAAUUUCCUUUAGGGUGUUUCUAUUGUGCUUAUCACUAACAGCUGCAUCUCUUGUAUCUGAAGCAUGUUUCAGGAUUGAGUUACAAGGUAAGAGAAUAUGCAUUUUAGCAGUAAAGUAAUAAAACACUUAUUUGAGUGAGAUGAUGCUGAAGGCUGAUCCUGAGAGAAUGGGCUUUUCUAAUUAGGUGACCAUUUCCCAAGCUUGUGCUUGUUGCUCAGAGUGUUUAUAUGGCAGGAUUUGGUGUGUUGAAUGUUACGGUUACACAAAGAUACAGUAAGGUGUACAUAAUGAUACUAGUUUUGAUAGUUGAAACUCUGACUAGUAUAAAAUUUUACAGAAACUCGAGCAAAAUUUAAUAAUAAAGAUCAGUUAUAACCAAAGAAAUAUUCUUCUGAAGCAACACAUGGUUAGCAGUGUUUCACCUUCAUACUUGUGGCCUCCUUGGCCUGACAGAACAAACUGACUGAUGCUUGUAAAAAAGCUUGCCGAGAUGCCUGGCCAGUUGGAAUGGGGGUUGUGCAUACACCAGGUAUGCAUGGACUAAAUAACAGAUAGUAAAUGGGGAUAGAUGGGAAGAAGGGGAGGUCAGUGUUUUUCCUCCAAUGGUGAAGAUUUUCUCAGAGGAGUCUCCCUAGGGUUUUCAAUGCAGGGACACCUCUGCAGUGACAUUGAGUUGAAACUCAACAGGAGAAGAGAGGGGAAGUUGUGGGCACACAAGAGCUUGGGGCAACAGGGUAGCAUGGUUAGUGGGACUGCCCCAGGCACUCAUGGCAGGAGAGCCUGGCAGGCUGCAGGGUGCUGUGGACUGAAGAUAGAGGCUGGAGGGCAGGCGGAGCAGCUGACACAGGCUGGGCAAUGCUGUGGUCUCUGCAGGUGACCUCUGUGUCUAGCAGUGAGACAGGUCUGUACGGUCUGUGGUGCAUGGCCAGUGGUCCCCAGAUCUGGUCACAUCUGCUGCAGCUGGUAUCUCUUGAGCAUCAAUGUCUUCUGUCUACAGGACAGACUAGAGUUGUAAUGUUCAGCACCAGCCAAACUUCCUCGUGGGCACCUGUUGGAGGCUGAAUCCUGCAGCCUUAGCAGUGAUAUGGUCUGUGUGGGGGCAGGAGCCAUGCUGAAAGCCCCUGGGGGUCUUCCAGGCUUUUCAUUAAAUAAACUAUGCAAAAAAAGGGUAAUUGAAGAAAUGUUUGCUCAGUGGAAGUAAAGGCUGCCAGCAGUUGCAGAGCUUGCAGGAUGCACAUCAGUAGCCCUUAGAAAAUUCAAAAUUGCAGUGUAAAUAGAACAGAAAAGGAACAUGUAGAAAUUAGUCAUUUGUGUGACUGGAGGAGCAGCUUUGCACAAAAGUCAGACCCCAGAAAGGGGUUUCACUCAACUGAAGAAGACUUAUAACUUCAAACUACAGCCUUGCCAGCAAACCUCAAACACCCCUUUGUCUCAGCCCUGACCAACUGCUUGUGGUGGACCAGGGGCUACCAAAAUCUUCUGGUGUGGCUUGGUGGGUGGGCUGUGCUGCCCGCCUUCCCGCACUGUUCAGCUGCAAGCCCAGUAGUAACAAGGAGCACUGCAGCAGGGAGGGGAAUGUGCUGGCAGGCAGUGGAUGUGCACCUCAGAGGUGCGUUUCGGAAGGUUAGUGGGUUGGCAUGUGAAGUGCUGUCGCUGGUUUUGAGGAAGAAGAAGCUGAAGCAGACACAUCCUACAGGGAUUUGUCUUGUCAUUGCAUGGUACGUGGGGAGGGAGAAGUAUUUUUUAUCUGCACUGUGGGACUUAAUGUGAUCUUUAUUAAAUGACUGGUUGUUG